CACAGAGUCAGAACCUCUCCAACACCUUCACGUGGAAGAUGUCCUCAAUCCGUGCCGCGUGCUUCCUCUGCGCAGCACUUUUCGCAAUGGUGAGGGGUUUCACCAACGAAGGCAUGAAAGACGCUCUGCUGAAGAAACUGGGACUUAGUGAAGUUCCGAAAAUUCACAAGAGGGAUCUGGAGAACCUUGUGAUUCCAACGCACAUUAAGAACAAAUAUAUUUCCAUGCUGAAACUGCACCACGCAAGAAGACGCCGCUCGCUUCCCAGUUUAGCCGGCAUACUGAGGGGAAUCCCUGGCAAUGCAGACAUCUCUGGUGAAUUUGUAUAUUCUGACACGACACGUCAACGUGUGGUGUUUGAGAUGACAUCAAUGAUUCCGGAGAACAGUGAAGUGACCAUGGCAGAACUGAAACUGUUCAAGAAAGCCCCACACAAACGCUCCAUACCAGAGAGAAGGGGCCACAGACCCGUCAACAACGCCCGGGUGAGCAUCUACUGGGUGGAACCUCUGGAAGACGGGUCAAACCGAACUUCACUAGUCGAUUCCAGGUUGAUUCCCAUUCACGAAACCGGCUGGAAGAGCUUUGAUGUGACCCAGGCGGUGCACUAUUGGUCGAAGAGGCGAAUGGAGAUGCCCAUGCACCUGGAGGUGUGGAUCGAGGGCGAGAGACCCGGCAGUUACGCGGCAGAAAUGGCCAAGUGUGUCCGUUUCGCAACUCAAGAUCCAAACGACAACACUCUGGGAAAACCUGAGCUCGUUCUUUACACCCUCGACCUCGAGGAGUUUGGGUCUAGCGGAGACUGUGAAGCCAACAAAGACAGUGAAAUGUGUUGCAGGGAAAAAUACUUCAUCAAUUUCCGAGCCUUGACUUGGACCCAGUACUGGAUCAUCGAACCAUCCGGGUAUCAGGCGUUCCGAUGCAACGGCGGCUGCCGGCAGCCCAAGCGUAACUACGGUUACGGAGAGAGGAAGUGCGCGGUUGUGGAGAGCGCGCCGCUACCGAUGAUGUAUUUAGUAAAAAAGGGAGAUUAUACUGAAAUUGAGGUAGCCGAAUUCCCAAAUAUGAUUGUAGAAAAGUGUGGAUGCGCAAUGGAUAAUAUUUCAGUUGUAUGAAUAUGCCAUUUGCCAUCG